AUGUCUCUCACUCCCGAUGUCUUGUGGGCGCAACGUCCAGAUGCCGUGUAUCUCACCAUUGACCUGAAAGAAGUCCAGGACAUCAAGGUCAAUCUAGACGCCGAGAAAAUGUCCUUCCUCGGAAAGGUUGGCGGCAGCCUCUACGAGUUCUCGCUUGACUUCUUUGCACCUAUAGCAAAGGACGAGUCAAAGUGGAGCACCAAGAGGCUGAUAGAGUUCUACCUCAAGAAAGAGACGGAGGGGAGCUGGACAAGCCUGAGCAAAGUGAAAAAGCUGCCAUGGGUGAAGGUAGACUGGAAGAGAUGGCAAGAUUCAGAUGACGAGGACGAGGGCAAACAGAACGCCUGGAAUCUGGAUGGAUUAGGUGACAUGAACUUUGGCGACAUGGGAGCUGAAGAGGAGUAUGACUCCGAUGACGAGGCACCGUAA